AUGGAUGAUGCUACAUUCAACAAGGUCAAGGAGGAGAACAAAAAGCAGGUGCAAGACGUACUGGCAAGACAAGCCACCAUCAUUAAGAACAACGAGUCUUUAAUCGUCCCAUUCACCCGCGAGACUCUGAAGGAGGCUGCGAGCCUUCAUGACAAUGAACCGGACCGAGAGAGGUUUGUGCGGGAAUCCCUCAUGGGAUUCUGGCUCUCUCUCGGUCUGGGAGAGUGA